AUGCGACACGGCAUACGAGCCCCGUGGACCACAUACCCAUUGGAUCCGUUCGCGGCCAACAACUCGCAGCGAUUCCCGAAUGGAGGCUCACAAUUAACAGAUGCUGGCAUUGAGCAGGCGUACAACAUGGGCAAGUAUUAUAAGCAACGGUACGGUAAAUUCAUCACGGCCAAUCCCAAACGAGCUUACCUAAGAGCGUCGGCAGCCCAGCGCUGUAUCGACACCCUGUCCAUUGUGACCAAGCAACUUUGGCCACAGGAUAGUGAUGAGAAAAAGCAAUGGCAACCGAUGAUUUUCUCAUUGCCACAGAAGAUCGAUAGCAUAUUAUACGAAGAGCCAGACUGUCAGAGCGCUGAGGACGAGGAGCACAACAACUUGAAGACACCGGCAGUACAGGCAUACGAGGCCGACCCUAAGAUACAGGAAUUAUACAAAUUCACGAAAGAAAAAACUGGUCUUAAGGACGACAUGUAUUCAGUGACCAAAGCGUUUGACUGCAUUCGCUGCGAGCGUCUAAAUGGCCUCCAGAGCCCAGAGUGGGCCACACCCGAGAUCUACGACCGUAUGGGCGACGUGUUGUCCCAUAGGCUUAACUUUUUCUAUAGCUCUACCAAAGCCCAGAGACUUAGGGCCGGACCCAUUCUCGAAGACUUUAAGAAAAACAUGGACAAUGUUAUUAACGCCAAGGACACUGAUAAGACCAAGAAUGUUUUUAUUUAUACGUCGCAUGACUUCAAAAUAGCAUCGGUGUUAUCCGCUUUGGGUGACCCGCAGCCCAAAUACCCGCCGUUCGCCGGAGCCGUCAUAUUUGAAUUGCACAAGAUUGGCGAUAAACACGUGGUGCGGGCCCUGUACAUGGACCAGACAGAGAAAUGGCCGUACACGGGCAUUAAACUGCCCUUGACCAAAUGUGCGGCACGAGCUGCCACAGGUGCUGAUGCUAAGGGUGCUGAGUGCACGUUUGAUAAUUUUGUGGCCUCGGUGGCCGACCUGACCCCGGUCGAUUGGCGUACCGAGUGCGAUUUAGGGUGCUCAAAGUAUGACCCGUUUAAAUCGGCCGAGGAGAACCUUGGUAAAACAUAA